AUAUCGUCUGGUCUCAACUCGCUGGCGGCCGUCACAUGGGAGGACGGCAUCAAGCCGUUUUACGGGCACCUGCGACAGGAGACUGCGACACGCAUCACCAAGGCACUCGCCAUGCUGUACGGAUGCAUCAGCCUCGGCCUCGCAUUCAUCAUAUCCGGCGCAGAGGGCGUGGUCCAGGUAUCAAUUCUGGUAAACGGCACAGUUGGUGGACCACUUCUAGGAGUAUUUCUGCUAGGAAUGCUUUUCCCAUGGAGCAAUGCUAAGGGAGCGUUUGUCGGCACACUGACUGCCUUCAUCGCUAGCAUGUGGCUGGGUCUGGGUGCCACCUACUACGCAGACUACAUCGUACCGCCCUACCUGGACACGUCCGUCGAGGGUUGUCCCGCUAACAUGACACUGCC